AAAAUAAAAAUCAGGCACGAUGAUAGGCACCUUUUAUUUUUCCAGCUGCUGAUUACAAUACUUGGUGUUGAGUUGGCAAUUCGCGCGUGGCCGCCAAACUGUGCAAAGGGAAGGGAGGACUAGAAGGAUCUCUGGAUUCUGGGCCAGCAAACGUGUCAAGAGAUUUUGUUUUUCAUCCACAAAGAAAAUGUCAUUAAGAAAAGUAAACAUAGGCAUCCUCGUAUUUGUCUUUGUUAUAUUUCUGUUAGUGCUGCAUCACAACUUUCUAGGUCUCGGUGAUCUCUUAAAAAAAGAAUUAUCAGAUUCAAAUCCACUAGGAUUUCAGCCAAUAGAUUAUAUACCUGAAGCUCCUCAAAGAUUCAUAGUGAAAGAAAAUGACAAAGAAAUUCCUGUGGUCCUUACGGCAUCCGAAGAAAGGCUUGGUGGUGUAAUUGCAGCUGUGAACAGUAUUCAACAAAACACCAAAUCCAAUGUUGCAUUCCAUAUUGUCACUUUGAAUGACACUGUGGACCAUCUGAGGUCAUGGCUUAAUAAAAUCAGUUUAAAAAAUAUUCAAUACCGAAUUUUGAAUUUUGAUCCUGGCAUGCUGGCUGGAAAAGUACAGAUAGAUUCAAAGAUGCCAAAUUCCAUAAAACCGCUGACCUUUGCAAGAUUCUAUCUACCUAAUUGGGUCCCAAAUGCAGAAAAGGCCAUUUAUUUGGAUGAUGAUGUGAUUGUACAAGAUGAUAUCCUUGAACUUUACAACACUCCAUUGCAACCAGGCCAUGCUGCAGCAUUCUCGGAUGAUUGUGACUCUACCUCGAAUAGGUUUUCUGCCCAUGGAACAGGAAGUCAGUAUUACAUGGGAUUUCUUGAUUAUAAAAAAGAACUGGUUCGGAAGCUGUCCAUCAAAGCAAGCACCUGUUCUUUUAAUCCUGGUGUGUUUGUUGCAAAUCUAACAGAAUGGAAAAUACAAAAUGUUACUAAGCAAUUAGAGAAAUGGAUGACACUUAAUGCUGUGGAAGAGAUAUAUAGCAAGACACUUGCUGGAAGUAUCACUACACCUCCUCUGCUAAUUGUAUUUUACAAACGACAUUCAAAAAUUAACCCUAUGUGGAAUGUUCGCCAUCUUGGUUCAAGUGCCGGCAACAGAUACUCACCAGAGUUUGUGAAAGCUGCCAAAUUACUCCAUUGGAAUGGACAUUUCAAGCCUUGGGGGCGAACGGCAUCCUUUGCAGAUGUUUGGGAAAAAUGGUACAUUCCUGAUCCUAAUGGCAAAUUUAACCUGAUUCGCAGGCAGUGAGAUUUACACAGAACAUUAAUAAAGACUUAACACCUACAUGCUUUUCUCAGGAAACCUGUAAGAUCAGAGUGAAAUCAGUCAUGGUAUGUCUUUUUAAUGUACACUAAAUUUGAGAAAAACUUGAAAUUGUAUGCCUGAAGCAGCAGCUGUGUGCCUUCAAAUUGAAGAAUAGUUUAUCGACUACAGGUAAUCCACAAUUUAUGACAAUUGGACUGAAUUUCCAUUGUAGAUUGUUGUUGUCAUACAUCUAGUCAGACCUGAAUUUUAUGAAAAUGUUCAUGGUGGUCAUGAAGCAAAUCAUAUGCUCUAGUUCCUUAGUGGGCAAUUUUUUGCUGGAAUUUUGCAAAAGAGGUCACAUAGCACAAUACGAUUGUAGGAUGUUGUAACAGAUUAUAAAUGGGAGCAAAUUGCUAAGCACCUACACAGCAAUCAUGUGACCAGCACAGGAUGAUGCAAUGGUUGUAAGUACAGGUCAUAAGUCACUUUUUCCGAGGCCAGCAUAAUUUUGAACUGUCUUAAACAAACAGUUGUUAAAUUGAGGACUACUUGUAUUCAGCUAGACCAAAUGAAUUCUUCAGACAUAAACUUUUAUAAAUGAAACAUUACAAAAUGAACUUCACCAAGGAAUUUGACAUUUACUAGGUAUCCACAAUAUUAUCUUGCACAGCUAUUUUUAAAGAAGAAAAACCACCUCCUCUUAGCAGUAACCCAUGAAUUUAAGUUUUGUUAGAAUGUUUUUUCUUUAGUAUUUAGUUAAUUGUUUACACUUAUUUAAGUCCUUUGUAGAUUUGAUCUGUUUUUGCCAUUUAGUAAAUGAUAGAAGAAACUGCCCACCAAUACUAAAGCAACCUGUUUAAAUUCAUGGAGAAAUAUUGAUUUGUUUGUCUGCGAGUUCAGAUUAAUCUACAUUUGGUAACUAUAAUAAAAAGUAAUGUCUUACAAUA